GGGGAUUUUACCUUUAGUGUACAUCUUUAAGAUAAACAAGGAAAUAAUAAACUCUGGCUUUCCCCAUGUUACUGUUUCUUACUUUCUGCUGUCAUGAUGCCUUCUGUGGACAAAGUUGAAGAAGGAGAAAUUUUAGAGAAUGCUAAACGUUAUAUUUUAGAGGAAAAGCGGUCCUAUCUUUGCAAAUACUUAAAUCCAGAAGAUCAUUUUGACUUUCUUAGGUCAAAGUUCAUCAUUACAAGAGAUGAUUCGGAAAAUAUUAAAAAAGAAACUACGCAAACUUCAAAAGUUGGAAAACUUUUAGAUGUUCUUCUCACAAAAGGACCUCAAGCUUAUGAAAUGUUAGUGCUUUCAAUACAACGAAAUAAAACUCAAACCUUUCUCGUCGAAAUGCUCAAUAAAGAGUUCGAAAAAAGGAAAAAUUCUUUAAUUGCACUUUUAAAAGACAAACAAUGUUCUAUAGAAGUAGAUCUGAAAGUAGAUGUGAACACUUUACCUAAACCAAAUCGGAAACCACAGAAACAAUGUGUUGAGUCGUUGGAUACAAGCAUUACCCCAGUGGACGAAAAAGAUUUGGAUUAUAUUUGGUUACGAGGGAGUUAUUUAGAAUGUCAAAAAAAUAGGUCACCUCGAAGAAACGAGACUUCAGGUCGACACCACGACAAAGAGUGCAAACAGCACCACAGUGACGUUUGAUAAACAAUUUUAGUUUAUUUAAUAAUAUCUUGUAGAAGUUAGGACAUUUUUUCAAAAUGUAUGAGAUAGAGUUUGAUGUACCUGUUUCAAAGGUCUUUUAGCUAGCUUAUAUAUGUACCUUCAAUAUUUUAUUAUUUCGGAAGCUAAAUAUUGUUAUUUAACAGUUACUGUACCCCUUUAACCUUUCCACGGUUUUAUUAUAUUUGUUUUUGGUGAUUAUUGCUUUUCUUUCUUUGUUUAUGGUAUUACAAACUAUUUAUUUUAAAUUAG